AUGCGUAGAGAAGGGGUUAUGUGUGAUGAGGAUGUCAACACGGCAUUUGGGACGGAGCUUGUCUGUGUUGCCGUGGUCAUGGCUAAGGGUCAUACAACCUUAUACGCAAAGUGCUUUGACGAUGGCAGUAACGGGGCGACCAAAGAAGACUGCGUAAGGGCUGAGACGCUUGGGGUUGGAGGCACGGGGGGAGAUGUUGCAGAUGUGGGAGGCAUGGGAUUUGGCCUCAGCCUAUAUGUGGGAGGGUUGGAGAGCCUGGACGACCAUACAGAGUGUAAUGUUCAUGUUGGUCUGGUACACGCGUUUGACACCACCGUGUUUGGCGGAGUCACUCGUAGGGUUGAAGAGUAUCUGCACAUGGGCGAGGUGUUCCUGAUAUUCAAGGCCGGUGCAGCGUUCAAAGAAGCGGAUAGUGUAUGCAUGACCACCGUAGCCCUGCUCAACUUUGUCUUCAAGAUCGACCUGCCAUUCGGCGCCGAUGUCAGGGAAGGACACAUGCGAUGCAAGAGCAUGCGGGGGGGGGGCGGUGUGGAAGAGACUGACGUCGAUGGCGGUCUGGAGAGCUGCAGGGAUGGGGACGGCAUGAGCCUGAGGACCGAAGAUAGCGACACCCGUAGAGAGCCAGUUGGGAGUGAUGACAAAGUCUUGGGUGCCGUCUAG